AUGCCUCUACUUCGGAUUUUCUCUAUCUAUCUAUCUAUCUAUCUAUCGUUUUUAUAUAUCUACUUCGGAUUUUCCUUUAUCUAUCUAUCUAUCUAUCUAUCUAUCGUUUUUAUAUCUCUACUUCGGAUUUUCCUUUAUCUAUCUAUCUAUCUAUCUAUCUAUCUAUUUUUUAUAUCUCUACUUCGGAUUUUCCUUUAUCUAUCUAUCUAUCUAUCUAUCUAUCUAUCUAUCUAUCUAUCUAUCGUUUUAUAUCUCCAUCUUCUAUUUUCCUUUUUAUGUCUAUCUAUCUAUUUUCCUUUAUCUAUCUAUCUAUCUAUCUAUCUUUUUUUAUAUCUCUUCGGAUUUUCCUUUAUCUAUCUAUCUAUCUAUCUAUCUAUCUAUCUAUCUUUUUUAUAUCUCUACUUCGGAUUUUCCUUUAUCUAUCUAUCUAUCUAUCUAUCUAUCUAUCUUUUUUAUAUCUCUACUUCGGAUUUUCCUUUAUCUAUCUAUCUAUCUAUCUAUCUAUCUAUCUAUCUAUUUUUAUAUCUCUACUUUUUCCUUUUUUCCUUCUAUCUAUCUAUCUAUCUAUCUAUCUAUCUUUUUAUAUCUCUACUUCGGAUUUUCCUUUAUCUAUCUAUCUAUCUUCUUUUUAUCUCUCUUUUUCGGAUAUCCUUUAUCUAUCUAUUUUCUAUCUAUCUAUCUAUCUAUCUAUCUAUCUAUCUAUCUUUUUUAUAUCUCUACUUCGGAUUUUCCUUUAUCUAUCUAUCUAUCUAUCUAUCUAUCUAUCUAUCUAUCUAUCUUUUUUAUAUCUCUACUUCGAAUUUUCCUUUAUCUAUCUAUCUAUCUAUCUAUCUAUCUAUCUUUUUUAUAUCUCUCUGCUUCGAUUUUCCUUUAUCUAUCUAUCUAUCUAUCUAUCUAUCUAUCUAUCUAUCUAUCUAUCUAUCUAUCUAUCGUUUUUAUAUCUCUACUUCGGAUUUUCCUUUAUCUAUCUAUCUAUCUAUCUAUCUAUCUAUCUAUCUAUCUAUCUAUCGUUUUUAUAUCUCUACUUCGGAUUUUCCUUUAUCUAUCUAUCUAUCUAUCUAUCUAUCGUUUUUAUAUCUCUACUUCGGAUUUUCCUUUAUCUAUCUAUCUAUCUAUCUAUCUAUCUAUCUAUUUUAUUCCUAUAUCAGUCCUUUCUCUGUUAUCUAUCUAUCUAUCUAUCAUUUUUAUAAUAAUCAAUUCAAACCAAGCAAAAUUAGAGAGUGUGUUCUAUCUAUCUAUCUAUCUAUCUAUCUAUCUCUCUCUCUCGCUCUCUCUCUCUCUCUCUCUCUCUCUCUCUCUCUUCUUUUCUGUUUGUAUCUUUUGAACGAAUUACCUUCCCUAUUUCUUCUUUCCGGUUAUUCCAUUUUCUUUCUCUUUCUCACUUGUUCUCACCCUUCUCCUCUUUACCAUUAG